AUGAAUUACGAGUUCGUGCGCGAGACGGGUUUCAUCAAUAGUCGGCCGUCGCUCGCGGAGUGCCUGACGUCUUUUCCCCCUGUCGGCGACUCAUUUCAGAGCUCAUCAAUCAAGGGCUCGACGCUUGCGCACCCACAUCCACUCAUCCCGCCUCCCUUCGAGCACACCAUCCCGAGCUUGAGUCCAGGGAGCCAGCCGCGCCAUGGACGACCUCGCAAUAGCCCGGACGGCGGUAGUCCAUUGCCUGCCGCCUCGCUGCCCCCGGAGUACCCUUGGAUGCGCGAAAAGAAGGCCUCUAAGAAAAACCACCUGCCCACACCCACAGUUACAACUGCUACAACAGUCACUGGACCAGUGUGCUUCUCCCCAAAGGGCUCCCCGGAGCUUCCCGAGGGCGGAUUGGCCGGAGGAGGAGGCUCGCGCCGCUUGAGGACCGCGUAUACCAACACGCAGCUUUUGGAGCUGGAAAAGGAGUUUCAUUUCAACAAGUACUUGUGCCGACCCCGACGUGUUGAGAUUGCUGCAUUACUGGAUCUCACCGAGCGCCAGGUCAAAGUCUGGUUCCAGAACCGCCGCAUGAAGCACAAACGGCAGACUCAAACCAAAGAGAACCAUCACAGAGGGGAAAAAGGUUCGACCGCGGGGGAGGACGGUGGUAAUCAGAGCGAAGAGGAAACAUCCAUGUUUCAGUCUAGCCAUGGCAGCGUUUCUGCGGCCCUGCUAGGGAGAGAGACAUUCUCUUUACAGGCGAAUAUCUCCUCCACCUCUUCUCAGCAGUUCCACAGUGGAGACGACUCUCAAAGCUUCGACAUUUCACCUCACAGCACCAGUGAAAGGAAUGUAGGACAUGAUUCCGACCCCUCACCCCCUGUUCCCGGUUGCGGGUCGACAAUAGGCCCAUGCUUGCCCUCCGUAAAUCGGAACAAUGGUAGUCCCUCGCAAACUGUGGAUAUUUCUGUGCGGGACCUCCAUAGCUUCACAGCGGAUUCGUGUCUGCAUCUGUCCGAUGCUACUUCGCCAAGCAUGUCCGAGUCGCUAACAAGUCCUGCGGAUCUGUCCACGGACAGCUUUUAUUUCCUCACGGAGACCCUUAGCACAAUCGAUUUGCAGCACCUAAACUAUUAG